AUGGAAUCGAAGCCCGAGCAGCCAACCGAACCCAAACCGGCGUUGGAGUCAAGAAUCGGAAAGGACUCCCCUUUCACAUUUGGCCAGCGGCUCCUUACUGAAGACAAAGACGUCUUCGACCACAAUGCAUGGGACCAUGUCGAGUGGGGCCAGGAGCAGAUUGACGAUGCUGAGAAACUCAUCGCCAAGCAGUACGAACAGCCGGUGAAGGAUUUCGACAAGAAGUUGUACAACGCCAGCCCAGCCAAAUUCUGGGACAUCUUUUACCGCAACAACCGCGAAAACUUCUUCAAGGACAGAAAGUGGCUCCAGAUCGAAUUCCCCUUCCUAUACGAGGCCACCGGCGCCGAAUACAACAAGCCCGUGUCGAUCUUGGAGGUUGGAUGUGGUGCGGGCAACACGUUCUACCCGAUUUUGAACCAGAACCAGAACCCCCAGCUCAAGAUUUGGGGCUGCGACUACCUGAAGGUUGCGGUGGACUUGGUUCGAAACAACGAGAACUUUGCCCCCAACAACGACAAGGGGAUUGCGUACUCGUCCGUGUGGGACCUAGCCAAUGCAGAAGGCCAGAUUCCCGACGACAUGGAGCCUCACUCCGUGGACGUGGUGAUCAUGGUGUUUGUGUUUUCCGCCUUGAGCCCCGAGCAGUGGAGGAACGCCAUCCAGAAUCUCGACAAGGUGCUCAAGCCUGGUGGACAGAUUCUUUUCAGAGACUACGGGCGCUACGACCUCGCGCAGGUGAGGUUCAAGAAGGGCCGGUUGCUCGAGGACAAUUUCUAUAUCCGGGGAGACGGCACCAGGGUGUACUUCUUCACCGAGGAGGAGUUGCGCACGAUUUUCUGCACGGAAGGGCCCUUCUCCGAGACCAAUAUAGCGACAGACCGGCGGUUGCUCGUCAACCGCAAGAAGCAGUUGAAGAUGUACCGGAUCUGGCUUCAAGCCGUGUUCCACAAGCCCGAGGGAAGCGGCUCAGUUUCGGGUGAUGACGAUGUAUAG